GUGUGAGUGCCUCAAGGAUGCCUAACCGUGUAGUUGUGCUGGACAACCUGUUGCCAUAGCACACUUGUUUUCAUGGCACACCUACAGAUAUUGCUUUCUGUCAUUGAAUUAAUAAUAUAGACUUUGACUUUGUGAUUUAACUAUUUCACAUCUUUCUGCAAAACGAUCAGGGAGUGGACUCUUGACUGACGCUAACAGUACAUUGUUAGCUAAUAACAUGUACACAGCCACAGCCCUCUGAAAGAUCAGUGUGAGUUUCAAGGUUGUCUGAGACAUUCUUGGCUGGUAUAUAAAACCAGUGCGGUAACGGACCGCAUCAGCUCCAUUCAGGACCUCAAGAAGAGAAGUCACAAGAAAAGCUACCCCUGCCAACAUGAGGAGCGGAUCUUGCACCCAGAAGAGCCUGCAGGUCAGCGGCUGUGGCGGCAGAGUCAGGGUCCAGAGCCCAUCUCCAAUCCGAGUCAGUGGGUCCUCUUGGGACGGACUCUGUGGGGCUGCCAUGGGAACAGAGCUCCACGCGGACCGCGCCAAUGAGAAAGAAGAAAUGCAGGAGCUCAAUGUCAAGUUUGCCGGGUACAUUUCGAAAGUGCAGGCACUGGAGCAGAAGAAUGCUGCUCUUCAGGAGGAGCUGGCUACGCUGCAGGGUAGUGGCAAAGGGGGCUACGUGGACAUCGCAGAAGAAUACAAUCUGAAGUUUAAAGAGGUGCGUGAUCUGAUUGAGGCUCUGACCAAUGAGAAGGGGGCAGCUGAUAUUGAGCGGGGCUACAUUGAAGAGGAGGUGCAGAUGUGGAAGCUAAAACUGGAUGAGGAACUGGCUCUAAGAGAAGAGGCAGAAGUAAUCCUGAGGGAGUUUCGGCAGGAUAUUGAUGACGCCACACUGCAGAAGGCAGAGCUGGAGAAGCGCAUUGAGCAGCUUGUGGCAGAGCUAGAGUUCCUAAAGAAGCUGCACGAUGAAGAGGUGGCUGACUUGUUGAAGCAGAUCGAGGACUCAAAGAUCACUGUCGAGCUGGAUGAACAGCGAUCUGAUCUCACAGCCUACCUGCGCAACAUGCGCGCGGAGAUGGAAGCUGUCGCGGCUCGCAACGUCCAGGAGGCUGAGAAGUGGUACAAGAGCAAGUUUGACACUCUCAAGGAACAUGCCGGCAAACACGAGGAGCAAACGAAGAGCAUGAAGGAAGAGAUCACAACCUUGCACAGCCAGCUGACAGACCUCCAGAGCCAGAUUGACGGCCUGAGGGCGAGCAACGCCGGCCUUGAGCAUCAGCUGGAGGAUAUGGAGAUGUCCUAUAUGGAGAAGGCGGGAAGCCUGGAGGAUGUCAUCGCUCAGUUGGAGACCCAGCUCUGCGAGACCAGACUGGAGAUGACCAAAUAUCUUCAAGAUUACCAGGAACUUCUUCACACUAAGCUCAAGCUGGAUGCAGAGAUUGCCACCUACAGGAAGCUGCUAGAAGGGGAGGAAGUGAGGCUAGGAGUUACCAAAGAUGUGUAA